CAGCCCGCUAUCUGUCUGUCGAGGAAAGUGCUGGCAUAAACAACAGCAUUGAGACAGUUCCUUCUAGUCAAUUCCACCCGCUCACUCAUCCGCUCGUCGAGGCCUUCGCCGCGACAGCAGUCCACCCACCGCAGCCAUGGAUAUGGACAAGCUUGCAAAGAUGCAAGCCUCAGUGCGCAUUGGAGGCAAAGGCACCCCGAGAAGAAAGGUCAAGAAGGUUCACAAGAGCUCCGGCGCCGAUGACAAGAAGCUUCAGACUGUCCUGAAGAAAAUGAACGUUCAGCCCAUUCAAGCCAUUGAGGAAGUGAACAUGUUCAAGUCCGACGGCAACGUCAUCCACUUUUCCGCGCCAAAGGUGCACGCAUCCGUCCCAUCCAACACCUUCGCCAUCUAUGGCAACGGCGAGGACAAAGAGCUCACCGAGCUCGUGCCAGGCAUUCUCAACCAGCUCGGCCCAGACUCAUUAGCUUCUCUCCGUAAGCUCGCCGAGAGCUACCAGAGCUUGCAGAAGGGUGGUGAGGGUGAGGCGUCGAAGGAGGAUGACGAUGAUGAGAUACCAGAUCUUGUCGAGGGUGAAAACUUUGAGGGCAAGAACGACGUCGAGUAAGCCAAAGAUGCGCACGACAUUCACGACUUCUCGAUACACUACGAAAAGUGCGCUCCGGUUCUAGCGGGCAGCCUCGAUGCUUGCAGAGUGGUCUGGGCGCUGCUGUACAUUAAGCAUUGAGUGGCCUGCCAAAAUUUCAGAUUCCCACGAGAACUACAAGAACUCCC